UAAAAAGCUAUUUUGUUUAUUAAAUAUUAAGACAAUAUAUUAUUAUUAUUAAUUAAAUAAUUAGCUAUAAUUAUUUGCGUGAAUUAAAGUGACUUUCAAGUUUAAAAACAAAAAGGUUUUACUUAACUUUUGAUGUAAAAAAAAUUGAGUAAAUAUUGUUUACAAAAUUUGGCGGGAUACCAGAUAUUUAAUACAAUUAUUUAUUUAAUAUAAAAAUAAUACAAUAAUUAUAAAUUAUUGUUGAAUUUUGAUUAAGAUUCUGAUUAAUUAUCAAAAUGGCAACAAGAGAACUCAUGCAGCCCAUCAGGGUAUCUGAAAUGAUGGGAAUCACCAGAAGUGGUGGCAGAAAACCUGAGUCUGAAAAAAAAUAUUUACAACCAUUGAGAGUUAAGGAUUUAUUGGAAUCAAACACAAAAUCUUGUUCACGUACUGGAGAACGUUUAAGAAAGACAAAAUUUAUUCCACCAAAUCGUAAAGUUCGUAGACAAUUGUAUGAUGGUUCACCAGCACAAGAAUCACGUUAUUCAUAUCAUCCAACAGCAUCAACACGUCAAUCAGUAUACCAAGCAACAUCAAAAACAUCAAUAUGUCCACCAAAAAUAUCUGAAAUUAUAAAAAAAAAUACAAAAACACAAUUGCCAAGAAAAAGUCUUCUUACUCAGCCAAAUACAAUUGUCAAUAAAUUAAUUAAAAAACAAGAAGAACAAUUAAAAUCAACUAAAAAAAUGUCAAUUGUUACUGAAGAUCCAGCUGAAGAUAAUGAAUCAACACUUGAAAAACAAAAUAAAUCACAAAAUGAAAAAGAAAUUGAGUUAAUAAAUGUUGUUGAUGUUUGUACACCACGUGAUAUGAUUAAUCAUCAAUAUAAUUUAAAUCGUCCAACAGUUAUAAAGUGUGUUGUUACUGAACAGCUACGAAAAGUAGAAAAUGACUUGGAUGAAAUUAAAAUAAAUCAAAAGAAACUUGAAUCUAAUCAAGACUUAAUUUUAUCAAAAUUUCAAAUAAUAGAAAAUUUAUUAGUAAAACUAUGUCAAGCUUCAUCAAUAAAUAUUAAUUCAACAGAUGGUAAUAAAAUUUCAAAUGAUGAAGAUUCAAAGACAACAGAGUCAAAAGAUGAAGCAUCAAUUGACAAUGACAAAAAAAAUGAUUCAACAAUUAAAAUAAAUGAUAAUAAUAAGGAAAAUGAUAAUUCAAAUAGACGAUCAAGAUCAAAAUCAAUUAAUCCAACUGGUGAAAGACGUAGAUCAUUGCGUUUAUCAAUGAAAAAUGAUAGUUUUUCAAAUUUAGAAAAACAAUUAAAUAUUCAACAUACAAAAAAAGAUGAUAAUACAAAUGUUAAUGAGAAUGUCAAUCAAGUGACACCAGUUAAAAUGAAUUUACGUAAAUCAUCAGCUAAAAGUGAUAAACCACUUCGUGAAUAUUUGGCAAUGAAAGCAAGUAUGAAUUUCUUAGAAACACCAGAUGCUAAUCGUUUUAAAACACUUAUUGUUGAUGAUACACCUUUGAAACAAAGAACACUCAGACGUUCAAUAUCAAGUAAAUUAUUUGAUGAACUUCAGGAUCUUUAUCAUGAUUCUUCACCAGAUUCUAAUCACUAAUUUUUCAUUGUUAAAAAGCUUUUUUAUUAUUAUAUGUAUAUCUUGAUUUUUCGUUGGAUGAAAUAUUCUUAAAUAAUAUAUAAUAAUUAUAUGGAUUUUUUUAGUUUUUUUUUUUAAUAUAUAUUGUCUUUAGAUAAACUAUUUUUUAUUGCAUGUCAUAAUUUAUCUUAAUGAAUAAUGUAU